GAUCAACAUGGCGGCGCCCUUUAGGAAAGGCUGUCGGCCGUUGUGGAGAAUAAUACAUGGAUCAGGGACAUUGAGCUUCGGGGUACGAAAUGUUUCUUCUAAUAAUCAGUGUUGUGCGCAAAGUCUUAGAACUGUGAGUGCUGCAUCUCCCUGGGCGCUGCAUGGAGCUGUUUAUCUGCAGAGAUUGCCAGUGAUCUCUCAUGACAGGAACCCCAUAGAGGAGAAGUUCAUGGAACUAAUGCAUCAGAUGGAGUUCGAGAGAAGUCUGCUUUCAGACCAUGAGCUGAGACUCCUUGAGGAUGCCGCACGUAUGAGUCGGAAACAGGAAGAGGACUAUGAUUCAGAUGAGGAAGAGGAUUAUGGAGGCAAAGAAAUUGUUACGGCACAAGAUCUGGAGGAUUCGUGGGAACAGAAACUGAAGCAGUUUCAACCUGCUCUGAGGUCCAAAGGUGUUGAUGCGACAGAUGUGAGUUCUUUAGAGCGUUGUUUAGCAGACAGCCUGAUCUUGCUGUGUAAGAAAGAUGUUGGCAGUCAAAAGCUUUGGCUCUUGCCUCAGAUACAGUGGCAGAACGGUGAGAUGCUUCGACAGACAGCCGAACGUGCACUUGCAAGUCUACCAGGUGCAGAUCUAAAGGCUACUUUUCUUGGCAAUGCACCCUGUGGAUUUUACAAAUACAGAUACCCGAAAGACAUUCAAAAGGAGGGCAAUGUUGGAGCCAAGGUGUUUUUCUUCAAAGCCGUGCUGUCCAGCCAUAAGCACUUACCCCUGGAGAAAAAUUCAUUUGCAUGGGUGAAAAAAGAUGAACUCCAGGACUUCCUGAAGCCAGAGUACCUGAAACAAGUCAGCCGCUUCAUAAUGGGUCUGUAAUAUUUGAAGAAAUGAACAAUGAUGACUGUCGGGGAAUGGACUGUUAGUGUAUGUUAUUUAGCACCAUUUAGAGUCCAUGAUUUUGGUCCCUAGACUUCAUCAGAGGAACAUAAACAAUACAGGUGUUUCUCAAAUUGUCACACACGUCAUACAGGAUCAGUACUUUGAUCACGCUUUGAUUAUUGUCCCAUACGAUUUGAUGUUGUCACUGUGUCUUCCCAUCAAUACACCCUUUGUUUAUUUAUGUAUGUGGAUGGAGUUUAUUGAUAUUUUUGUCACUAUGAAUAGAAACCACUUCCUCUGGCUGUGUAUGCAGAAUUAAAAAAAUUUUUUUUUUUUUUUUUACUUUGAGUGAUCUGAUCUUUGCAUGUAUUUUCAAAAUGUUUGGGGCAGGAUGAAAAUAAUAUUAUUUUAUAUUCCUUUUAUUGUUUUAUUUUCCUCUAUAUUAUUUAUCUCCACUGUCCUUACAAUAAAAUGGGCAACAAUAAAAUGUCAGGCCAACAAUCUAUUAAAAUAUUGCCACUUGGGGGCAGUAGUUGAACAAAGAAUGGUGGCUAGAUCAACCAGUGGGGAUCCCCCCUCCCCACUUUUAAAGGAAAAUAUACAAAGAAAUCCUAAAAUGCUUUUGGACAGCAUAUUUCUGUCUUGUCAGAUUUAAACACUUUGUACUUGGGUUUCUCCUAUGCACUUUUAUGUCUUUCUCGCUUAGUUGUCAGAGUCCCACAGUCAUUAACUUUUGUGCUGUGCUAGUGGAAACUGGAAUUAGUAAUACUAUGAAUUAUUUAGGACUCUUGAUUACAUAGGUUUCUGAAAAUUAACUGUAGACAAGAGUCAUUUCUAUCAGUGUUUUGGGAUUUUUAGGAGAAAUUACUUAACUGGUAAAACUCAAAAUUCCUCAGAAAUAGUGUAGCUGUGGGAUCUACAGUUUGUAGAUGGGGGUGGGGGUGCUACUAUUUUACACCAAAGCCAUAUCUAAAGUCCACUAUAAAUCCAUAUAUUAGACAUCGACAUACUGUUUUAGUUUGAUUUUUUUUUCAUGUAUACAUAUAGUGAUCUUUGCACUUAAGCAUACACAAGACUCUACUGCCUAAGCUUAUAACAGAGAGAAAAAGAACAUUACGCAUAGCUGUAGAGACAUUUCGAUCCAAAUCCCAUUUCAAAUUAAAUUAGUCACAAUUAGCUCAUAAAUACGUUUUACCUCAACAGAUUAAUUUAUAAUUGGGGGUUAAAACAGGGUCUUAGAGGUCUUAAGAGACAUCUAAAUGGAGUCCAGAAAGCAAUAAAUGGAGUGCAAGUAUGAAACUUUCCUCCCUUUAAAGACCGCAAGCGCUGAGCUCAGCUCUAUGAGAUCAGGUGAGGUUAUUGAGGGGCUGAACAACAAUUAGCUGAUCUGCUUCUUUUGUCCACUCUCUUCAAUCAGAUCUCCAGCAUGCUGCUUUGUCAUGUCUGAGAGGAUUAAACACUCCUUGACAAUAUUAGAAUUGAUAUUUCCACAGAGCUUCUGAAAGCACUUUCCCCUCCUCUCUGUUUGCAGAUCAGACCCAAGUCCCAUUUCAAAUUAAAUUGAAUGACCACCCCUAAAAACAAAGCCGAGAAUCAAUUAAUCUAGCCUUUAAAAUGCGGAAUUCAAGAUGCAAAAUCUUUGGUGCAGAGUCUGUUGGUGUAUUGGACUUCAGCAAAUAGCCUUAUAGUAUGUUUAGUUAAAGGCCACAGUGGACACAAACAACAUCUGCAGAAAUCCACAAACCUGCCUGUAUGUUUCCUCAGUUCAAAUGAAACUUUCUUUUGUUAUACUGAUUUACUGCAUUGUUGAGUGAAAAUCUGAUACGCUAUAUGUGGUUUAUUGAUCUAAAACAAGCACAGCAUUACAUGUUGUAAUUGUAAGAUGCUUUUUGUCCAACCUAGUGAACACAGGAGCACCUUGGGCUGUGUCUGGCUUAGAUUUCAGUUUCCUUAGUACCGACAUGCUUAGGAGACUUUGUGCAACCUUUAUAAAGGAUGGAAUGCCUAACCACUACUACAAAAUAAAGCCUAUUUUAGGACAAUGAUGAUUGUCCCCCCAAAUUGUCAUCACCAUAAUGCAAAAUUUCAAAGAAUGUAUGAAAGCUCUAUAAAGUAUGUAUACAUCAUGGUAGUAUUUGUUAGUACUUAAAUGAAUAUUGUAGUACUUAAAUCUAUACUGAUUUACAUGAAUCAGUAAAACAUAAUAUAUUGUA